CCACAAUUUUCAAUACAUAAUCAUUGCUAUGGUUAAGUGUCUGCAUCAACUGGCAGAUAUAAAAAGGAUGAACGCAGUUUUCAGUAUCAAAACUGGUUGUCAGAUUAGUAAACUAUACAUAAUAGCAGAAAGACACAGCAGAGAUUGAACAUCAGACAUGACGAGCGAGAAUGCUGAGGUGUACCCAGGCAAUGCUGCCUACCCUAAUCCAACAUUUCCCCCAAACCAGCCACCCCAACCCGCUUACCCUGGCUACCCACCAACUGCCCCUGGAAUGACUGCCUACGACCCCACGAAACAGCCAAUGGGACCAGGAGUACCUGCAGGUGCAAAUCCACCACCAUACCAACCACCUGCAUACCCUUCUCAACAGCAACAACCAAUGUUUGCUGCACCUCAACCAAUGGCCCAGCAACAAAGCAGCAACAAUGUGGUGGUAGUGAGUUCUCAGCCCACUACAGUGCCUACCACAGUGCAUGUGACAAGAAAUGAUCAAUCAGCUUUCAUCUUUGCCAUUGUGGUCACGCUUAUCUUGUUCUUCUGUGGCUGCUGGUGGUCCUUUGCCUGCACAAUACCUGCUAUGGUGCUCGGCAGCAUGGCAUCCUCUGCAGGGAGUAGAGGGGACGCUGAUACUGAAGGCAAGUACAAAAAGAUCUCUAUCAUACUCACAGUGGUAGCUAUCGUGACUCAAGUGGUGGGAUUUAUUAUUGUGGUUGGUACGGUAGUAGGGGUCGUCACUUCAGGUGCUCGUGCAAUUGUUUCAACAACAUCACGCUGCACCUCAUUUUCUUAUUCGUCAAGCUGCUUCUAUGGUGGCUGAUCUGACUUCACAGUAAUAUAAAACACUGGACGGACUGAAACAUUGAACCUUAUAUAGAAUGUAUUAUAUAACUAUGAGUGUAGACAUAAUUAUCAUUUUCAGUUUCACGUAUGCAUGCAGUUCAUGAGUAUAUACAGUACAGUUGAAAGUAAAAAAAAACUUAUCAUGUUUGGUACUAA